ACACACAAACAGACAGACACGCACACACACACACACACCAGACUUUCAAUAAGUACUUUGCUUCUUUAUGGUUUUGUCACUAAAACAGUUUUUAAAAAACAGCCGAAAGACACCAGGGAAUUUUGACUUAAAACAUAAAUGAGCUUAAAAUGCAGAUUACCUGUUGACUCCGUUUAAGGAUUUUUAAAUCUGUGGUAUAGCAUUUAAAAAAAUAAUCUUUAAAAUGUAGCAAAUGUAAGAUAUAUUUUGAACACAGCAGCGGGGAGUCCGCGGCCUGAUCGCAGGGUGAAGAAAAGCGGCUGACAGUGACAACGACGGUUAUUAACGACAUAGCGUCAUGUCACCUAAGAUAUUAAAUAGCUAUAUUAACGUACUACGCUCUGGUCUGCUGUGAUAAAAUUAUUAAAUAAAUUGUAUUUCACAGGUGCACUGUCCUUAGCUGCUGUUUCACUGUAGUUUCUUCAGGCAUUUAAACUUGGGGCUCUAAACAAAUAGGAAUUUAACCCUCUGGUUAAUACCGUGCGUGUUGAUCUUACCUAGUUUUCCGGCUAAUUCUGAGAACUGGCCCCGUCACAAUGAAUGCGAGGAACAGGCCUGCGCCCAGCCAGGUCUGCUGCCCGACGUCCUUCUCUCGACAGCCUCCUCGCAUUAUGAUCGUGGAUGUGUCCCCUCCUGGGUGGCUGUGCAUCAGUACUAGCCUCUGCGAGGCACUGGACAACUUCCUGGCCCUGACGUGUAGCCUGGAGGGACCCUGCCGCUUGCCCCUUCUCAGCCUCUAUGCACUUAACAAGGAGCUGGAGUGUCUGCUGCCCUUUGUGCAGGUGAAGGGAAACCUGAGUCGCCUGCGUUCCUGCGUGGAGGAGCUUCGCGACACGCCCGGGGAAGGCUGCAUCCACCCGCCCAGCGGACUCUUCAGUCAGGCUGUGAAAGACAGCCUGCUUCAGUUCAAGCAGUACAUACGUCACGUACCUGCAGCCUGCCACGUCGGCAACAGCUGCAUCGAGGUGGCGAUCUUCACCAGCCAGCCAGGCCAGGCUGUGGUAAAGCAGCUUGAGGCAGGACUGAAGGACACAGACCUGGGGAGCCUUCAGCGCCUGUUGGUGGUCCAUAUCAGCACACGCCAUAUCCCGUCUGAGGACAGCAAUGACUGGAAUUUCAUAGCAUCCUGCUCCACUGGCCUAGGAGACCUUGAAGAAAUCCCAGUGCUGGCUGCAGAGAUAGAGUUGCAGCAGGUGGACAACGACAGCAUCUCCCUGGAGAGUGUCUUUAAGACAUGGCUACAUGACCAAGGGGGCCAACGAGAGCACCUGCAUCUGCUGCUCCCGCCGGCUCUGCAGGGCUAUGCUUCCCACCCGGUCUGUUUGAAGUGUGACAUGCAGGAAAGACUACUGAGUCCCGCUCUACUGCCUGGUGUUCUGGAUCUUGGUGCCAAGACGGAGAGCAUCCGGGACUUCUCUUUGCCAGUAAAAGAGCCAGCCAGUCACAGCGUGUUCCCACACCAGCUGACCAUCAUCAAAGCUCUGAAAUCAGAAGGGGUGUGUCAGUCGGUGCUCUAUGGCCUGCCCCUCAUCAUCCGCCCCACAAGCUGCUGCCAUCUUGAUUGGGAUGAGAUGGAAAUGAACCACCACCACUUCCACGCACUCUGCCACACGCUCAGGAGUCGCGAUUGGGUUCUGCUGGCACGGCAUGAGCCGCCUCCUGGCGCCGGUGCUGACGUGACUGCGUUUUCCCACUACAUACUCCAGCCGUCCGCUUCCCUCUCACUGCUGCUCAAGCCUGUGGCUGGCCGGGAGCUGCUGCUGCCUUGCCACAUGCCUGUGUCCAGCGAGGACUCCCUUGAAGGCCCUCUCACCACCAUACAGAACUCUCUAGCACAGCUGGAAGAAGAUCCGGUGUUUAAUCCUUUGUGUCUGAAGACCAACCUAUACCAGCAGUUGAGAGUCCUCCAAAUGCGUAAAACGCACCCGUACACUUUGCAGCGCAGGGACCAGCCCUGGCCACCAGAACGGCCGGUCAAACCGGUCCACCUUACAGGGACAGGAGGAAGAGCAGAGAAGGGCAAAACUAGGGCGACCGUGGCGCCCCUCCAGUUUGCAUCAGCCCCGAAGCCUUUUUAGUUCUGGCUAUGAAUGGUGGCGGUGCCCUGCACUUCAGCUCCAGCAAACAAGGCGACCUGCCAGCGGCCCUUAGAACACUGUAACCAGCCACACGUCCAGCCCUGUGACGUCAGCCUCCGUUUCUUCCUUACCAGCUGCUCUGGAAGGCCUGUCAUACUUCUUGAAAUACCACUUUUCAGAAAAUAUAUGCGUAUUUUAUUUCAGCUGUUUAUUGUUUGAAUUUUUGUUUGCGCAGCAACAUUUUCAUAUAAGUUCCCAGGUCCCUGACUUAGGGCCUUGUUCUUGGCCAGAAUCUGCUCGUCAGUUCAUAUUUACUAUAAAUAAAAUAUGAAUUAUUCUUUUUUGUUUUUGCAUAUUUCCUUCUCCUUUGCGGAGACCUCAGACUCACUAAUUCUGCCUUGCUAUGUUAUUCAUUUAAAUCUUUUAUGGGGCAGACAGUUUUAA